GCUUAUUGGGGAGUCCCCAAACCUUUCAUCUGUGAACAUCAGGGAACAGAUGCUUCAGACAGUUCACCUGAUGCUUCAGACAUGUCCCGCUUGGGGGUCAGUGCCUGAAAAAAAUACCGGCGAAACAGACGCUUUUGGAUGGUGAAGCCGGAGCGCGAGAUCCGGGCGAACCUUCCAUGGAAAUCUGACUGAAAAGCGAAGCAGACUGGUGAGGUUGAACUCCAUAUCUCAAAGGUCAGGUGAAAAGAAGGAGAAGUCUAAUAUGAGUCUAAUGAAGAUUCCGAGGCUGAUGCUUCAGGAGACGUCCACGGUUUUUCAACACGCACCCGGCCCAAAACACAAACCCGUCUUCGCUCAUAGGCGGUGUAAUGGAUGUGGUUCCAAUUGAGGCCCUGGUGUCUUUUGCAGUGCCUUUUUGGCUCAGCCGUUUUUCGCCAAGAAUGUUGGCUCGAAUGCCGAAAUGUUGCGGCAAGGGGUGCCUGUAGCCAUUGCGUUGUUCGCGUUGCGUGUUGGAUGGCAGUUGAGGUGUUAUUUAGAGCUGCCUGCCUCGCAGUUCCAGCACCUUCUUCAUGACCCAGGACAGACCAGCAAGGCCUACGCAGAUCAUGCUGGCCAUGAACUGUCCUUGCUGUCUGGGAAGCGACGUGGGAUGAUCCUGAACGACUUUUGCAAGAAGACGCUGGCCCAGCUGCAUCCGGACAGUAAAAUCGAGGAACCUCGUCUAGGCACCUGUUGCAAUGGAGCUCGAAGGUCAGCUUCACAAGCUGAGUAUGACUUUAGUAUGGAUGGCCGCAAAGUUCGGUGUAAGAGUGCGCAGAUGUCUUGGGGGAAACACGCAAAGCAUUGGCGCGUCAAGUUUCAGCACAUCAAGUUGCCAUGGCCUGGAUUUCGGGACCAGGCUCCCUUUGAUGAGUUGUAUCUCACAAUCUUCAGCCCGGACAGUUUGCAUAUCAUCAAGCAUGACCUUCAGACCAGAGUCACCUCAAGUGGCAAGCGAACAGCAAGUAGCGGUCACGACAUACAUGUUGAUGGUGCUAGCGGACAAGAGUGUUGGCAAACUGCGCGAUCUCAAAUUCUGGAGAAACUGCUUGUUGGAGGUCGCUGCAAACUUGUAGCCCGCGUUGAGUUAUCGGAUGUUGAAGUUCGUGACUGGCUGCUGUUGGAAAUGGAUGGAGUGGCACCUCGUCAGGACAAUGCAUAUAAGAGAGUGCCCCUGAACCAUAUGACACCGCGAUUGCGUGGUACGCGCAUAGAGGAAAUAGCAUUUGAACUGGAUCAGUGUCUCCAUCAAAAUUUGUCGUUUUCAAGGCAUUGUCCUACUGCAAACUGGGUACGUGGAGGAGUGGCAGUGGAAGUCAAGCACGGACAGAUGCGCUUCAACAAAGGCAAAACAUGCUGGCGUUGUACGUUCUCGGGCAUCAAGAGUGCCAGUGACAGUCUUCGUGAUCUGGAUAAGUUAAAUGAGCUUUGGCUUGCUAUCUACAGUCCUUUCGGCCUUCAUUUUCUAAAGCAUCCUGGGGGCAAAGUCCGCUUUUGUGACACGGGUGCCGGACAACAGGCGGCUGGAAGUGACAUUCACAUCUAUGCGCCCAGUCAUGUGCUUGAUGUCAGGGAGGCCUGUAGCGAAAUGCUCAGAAAGAUGAAGGAAUGGGGCUGCCAACCUCUUGCAACCGUGCAUUGGUAGUAUCAUCACCCUGAGCUUCGCGAGUGACGAUGAUGC